AAGCUAUUGCAAACUUAAUCCCCUCAUCAUUUUGUAACCGGAAAAUGAAGACACUGUUUUGGCGGUGUCCCUCCAAAGAGAAGACUGUUGACGAAUCCUAUAAAUACCACGUCUUCUUCAUAACUAGGAAUUAGGGUUCAUAAAUUCUCUACCAGUAGAACUCUUCUGCUUCUAAACCUAGACGAACUCUGAAAUUCAAAAUACUCUGAAAUCGCACGCAUACGGUAUUCGCAUUCAAAGUUCGAAGCACAUUCACGAAUCUGCUUGAAUGAAUUCGCAUCUCCUUUGAGGUUCUCUUCUCAAUUGAUUGAAUUUAUCGUAAAUUUCCGCGUUAAUGUCUCAUUUUCAUAUAUGUUAUCCGAUUUUUGCGCCUCUGUUCUGAUUCAGUAAAGUUUUAACAUUUGGCGAGAGGUCAAACUCAAAACUCAAAUCUCAAAAGUGAGCGAACUGAUUUUAGGUUUUAAUAUGUUCAUUUGACAUUCUAUCUUGUUAUUAAAUCAGUUAAUUUUUUUGAAUUUUAUGUGCUUCUGAAUUGUGAUCGCUAGAAUUCCGAUGAAUUUUUCACGGUUGAUUAGAAAAACCCAGAUCUUACUGAGGUUCUCUUCUUAAUUAAGUAUUUAUCCUAAAUUUCCGAAUGAAUUUAUUAUUCUCAUGUAUAUUAUCUGAUAUUCCGACUCCAUUUCUUCUACCAAUAAAGUUUGGAAAUUUGGCGGGAGCUGAUACUCAAAAAUCGAGAUCGAAAGUCAGAGCGAUCAAACUUUAGUGUAAAGAUGUUUAAUUAAUACUGUUCGAUUUAAAUUAGGGUUUUAUUGUAUAUUAUAUGCUUGUGGUUUGUGAUUGCAGAAGAAUUUGAGGAAAGUAUGGAUUUUUUCUACGGUAACAGUAACGAUUCGCAAGCUUCCAAAGUCCAGUCCUUGGAUGUUUCACCAAUCAACUCUCAAAACUUCAUCGGCCGUGGCCGUUUUUAUCCUGGACCAAAAACUCGGAUCCUCAAUCCUUACGCUUCUUCAGAUAGUUCUGGUAGUUCUUCCAAUAGAGUACUCUCUCCGCUAGCCCGAUACCUUCAUUCCAGCUCACCGGUGUCGUUUGCCAGCGAUUCGCCGGAGCGUCGUUCUCUGGUCAAUACUAGCAGCGGAAGCAGAAGCGGUUCCGGCGGCGGCGGCGUUUUCCGUUCGCCUCUAGCUUCGAUUGAGAACAUCGAGAUUCCGACGGCGUUCAGGACUCCGGUGAAAGUCGAAGAGGAUGUGGUAGUCAUGGACGGCAUUCUCGUUGAGCCGAAACAUGGCGCAAGAGCUAAAUCGUUGCCGUCAACGUCAGAUUCCGGCGGAAGGUUGUCGUCGUCAACAUCAGGAAGUGAAAAUAGCUCUCACAAGUCGGAAGUUUGUCGGUGGUGGGGUGAUACCGGCACGUGCCGCUUUGGUUCCAAAUGCCGGUUUGUACACGGAAAAGAAGAUUUACGCCCAACUGCUUUCGCCAACAGGAAUCAUUCUGAGGCACUGAGCAGCAGGUCAUACAGUUCAGGAUCACGUGCAUAUGGACCGAGGGGCCGAUCUGUUCAUCACCAGGUCCACUCAGCCGCAUCUUCAACAGAAUCAGCAGCAAUGGCCACGCCUACUACUGUUAAAAAAGUCGUGUCUACUAAAGACAAAGAGCCCCCAAGCAGCGACAGUAGCCCCAGUUCCACCACCUCCACAAUUGUUAUCUCUGGCACUGACUGGUCUCCCCUGGAUGAUAAUAUCGAGGUUUCUUUGCCUUCUUCUGGUGAAAAAUGUCCUUCCAGGGAAGAUGUUAAUGCUCAUAUACAGACUGUUCUCUAUGGUCUUUCUGGAAGGAAGAGAUUGCCGGUAUUUGUUGAAUUUUCUGAGGAGUAGCUGUGCCAUAUUCCCAAGUCUCUCUUCUUACCAUCAACUACCAAUAAGGUAAUCAAGAGCUGUUAGUUACUUCCGUCGUGUUCAAAAGUGUUGUAAUUGCUUUUGCUGCGCUGCAGAUUAGACAAUUCCAGGAGUAGUACUAUCAUAACAAAGACAAUAUACUGUCAAAUAAUAUCUAGGAUUUGAAUAGACAAUUGGACGUGGAUCAUACAACAUAGAAUUGCUGAGUGUUUGGCUGAUACAGAAUAAAACAGGGAACAUACCAAUAGUUGAUCUGAAGUGCAGGGCUGCAGGGGUCUGGCCCCAAAUGAUCUCAGUUUACCCAAAUCAAGAUGUUCGAUAUUCUUGUUUGUGAAUUUGCUUCCUGUGUUGAGUUUUUGUAUGAAAAAUCAACAGAACAUCACCUACAUAUUGCAGCUGAUAGUUCCUGAAUACUCUGAGAACUGUUUGAUUUAAGGCAAUUAGGUUCAAAUUUACCAAUAAAUGAAAGUGAGAUGCUGUGUUUUAGAAAGAAAAAAAAGGAAAGAUAGUUGCUUUUUCAAUACAUCCAUCAGCUGAGAGGUACUAAAUUUGCCCUGAUCCUUUCAAGAUUGUUUUUAGGUAUAACUUCACAACUGUACAAUUUCUUUUGUUAUGCUAGUAUUUUUCAUUUCACACAGUAAACAGGUGAGAGAAAUAACUUGCUCGAGGUACAGGAAAACACUAGACUCAAAUUCGUAAUAAAGUAUUCAAAUUGUGACGUGUUGACUAUAUAAGAGAGCAAGGAUUUAAGUUCUA